CUUCUCCCAGGUAUCCCGGAUGGGCGCGGCCUGAGGGCCAAGUGCUGGAAGAUCCUGCUGAACUACCUGCCGCCCCUCACGACAGACUGGACGGACUUCCUCAAGAAGCAAAGGGCCCUGUACCAGCAGCUGUUGGAAGAACUGAUCAUCACCCCUGGGAAGCAGGGGUCAGGGACAUCUCGGGAGGACGUGACCUUCGCAGACCAUCCGCUGAACCCAAACCCAGACAGCCAGUGGAGUCAGUACUUUAAGGACAACGAUGUGCUUCUUCAGAUCGACAAGGAUGUCAGGCGGUUGUGUCCGGACAUCUCGUUUUUCCAGCAGGCGACGGACCACCCGUGCGAGCGGCUGGUGAACGCGGACAGCGGGAUUGAAACGCUGCGGAAACGCGUGGAGCACACGAUACUGAAGGCCGCGAACGUCGGGAAGAACAGGCUCGGCAUUACCGUCACAAACAGCACGCGGCGGAAAUUUGCAGUGGAGGAAUAUGAAACGUUACCUGAGGGACAGGAAGCGCACUGGGAGGUCGUGGAGAGAGUUCUGUUCCUGUACGCUAAACUCAACCCCGGGCAGGGUUACGUGCAGGUCAGGCUUGUUUGUUUGUUUGUUUGUUUGUUACCUUAAGGACAGGAGGCGCACUGGGAGGUCGUGGAGAGAGUUCUGUUCCUGUACGCUAUACUCAACCCCGGGCAGGGAUACGUGCAGGUCAGGCUUGUUUGUUUGUUUGUUUGUUUGUUACCUUAAGGACAGGAGGCGCACUGGGAGGUCGUGGAGAGAGUUCUGUUCCUGUACGCUAUACUCAACCCCGGGCAGGGAUACGUGCAGGUCAGGCUUGUUUGUUUGUUUGUUUGUUUGUUUGUUACCUGAGGGACAGGAGGCGCACUGGGAGGUGGUGGAGAGAGUUCUGUUCCUGUACGCUAAACUCAACCCCGGGCAGGGAUACGUGCAGGUCAGGCUUGUUUGUUUGUUUGUUUGUUUGUUUGUUUGUUACCUGACGGACAGGAGGCGCACUGGGAGGUC